GGGCACCCUGACCCCAUGGGCCGUGGGGAUUGUCCGCCCCGCAGCCAGCGCUACUGCGUGUGUAACGCGCCCCUGCUGCGCCAGUUCCGCAACCCGGACACCAUCUUCAUCCUGGCCUUCGCCAUCAUCCUCCUCAACACUGACAUGUACAGUCCCAGCGUCAAGGCCGAGCGCAAGAUGAAGCUGGAGGACUUCAUCAAGAACCUCCGAGGGGUGGACAACGGGGAGGACAUCCCCCGGGACAUGCUGGUGGGCAUCUACCAGCGCAUCCAGAGCCGGGAGCUGCGUACCAACGACGACCACGUCUCCCAGGUCCAGGCCGUCGAGCGCAUGAUCGUCGGCAAGAAGCCGGUGCUGUCCCUCCCCCACCGGCGCCUGGUGUGCUGCUGCCAGCUCUACGAGGUCCCCGACCCCAACCGGCCUCAGCGCCUGGGGCUGCACCAGCGUGAGGUCUUCCUCUUCAACGACCUGCUGGUGGUGACGAAGAUCUUCCAGAAGAAGAAGAUCCUGGUGACCUACAGCUUCCGCCAGAGCUUCCCGCUCGUUGAGAUGCACAUGCAGCUCUUCCAGAAUGCCUGUGAGCCCCACGGCGCCCCCACGGGGUGGUUCCCCGCCCCACGGCACCCCCAAGGGACGCCCCCCCGCCCGUGAAUCCCACGGGGUCCA